GACCUCUGACCCCAGUGCAGCCCUUCCCCUCUGACCUCUGACCUGGCCCCGCCCCAAGCUCCUCCCCGAGCUGUGCCUGACCCCUGGCCAUGACCCCUGACCCUUGCCCUCUAACCUGGUCCCUUCCCCAAGCUCCUCCCUGAGCUGCGCCUGACCUCUGACCCCUGGCCUGGCCGGGCCCCCCAGCCAUGCAAUCCCUGACCUCUGCCCCAGCGCGACCCUUCCCCUCUGACCUCUGACCAGGCUCCCAUCCUAAGCUCCUCCCCAAACUGUGCCUGACCUCUGACCCCUGUGCCUUCUGGCCAUUGUGUCCUUCCUUUGGCCCUUGACCCCUGCAUCCUGCCCCUGCCCCUGUGCCUUUCACCAGGACCCCUGGCCCCCACCAGGACCCCUGGCCUUUGGCUUGAACACAGCCCUUCCUCCUCCUCGCGAGGCCCCCCGUUCGGCAGCCCGUUUCCUACCCCUGUCCCUGCUGUGCACCCUCUGUCUCCUCCUCCUCUGACCCCCCGUGGCCUCAGCACCAGCAGCAACCCACCCUCUGCAGGCAGGGGCAGUGCAGGAGAGAGCCCCACCUGUCCCCAACGCACACCCUGCUGUCUGCAGGCUCUGCACCCCCUGAAGUCCCUGGGACCUGGGCCUGCUAACGCCAGGGCUGAGUGGGCCUACUGUCAGCAUGGCUCAUGGCACAAGGAGUCCUGGGCCCAACUGUCGACAAGGCGACUGGAACCCUCCUGUACAAUGUGGCUUCCCGGCUUAAGGACCAAAAGCGUCUUCGUUUCCUUGUGGGCUGCAUCACCAGCAAGAAGAUCGUCACAGACUUGCAGCUCAGUGCUGCCCUGGAGUACGUGCGGAGCCACCCGCUGGACCCCAUCGACACGGCAGACUUUGAGCAGGAGUGCGGCGUGGGGGUGGUCGUGACCCCAGAGCAGAUAGAGGAGGCCGUGGAGGCGGCCGUUCACAAGCACCGAGCCGAGCUGCUGUCGGAGCGGUACCGCUUCAACAUGGGGCUGCUGAUGGGCGAGGCGCGCGGCAGGCUGAGGUGGGCGGAUGGCAAGAGCAUUAAGAAUGAAGUGGACCUGCAGGUGCUGCACUUGCUGGGCCCGAAGACAGAAGCUGACCUGGAAAAGAAACCAAAGGCUGGGAAGGCCAAGCCGGCCGAGGCGGAGAAGCAGGCGGCGGUGGAGGAGAACGGUGGAGUGACCCUGGAAACAAAGUCGCUGAUGGAGCAACUGAGGGGAGAAGCCCUCAAAUUCCACAAGCCCGGUGAGAACUACAAGACAGAAGGCUACGUGCUCACGCCGCACACCAUGACCCUGAUGAAGCAGCACCUGGAGAUCACUGGCGGGCAGGUGCGGACACGCUUCCCUCCGGAGCCCAACGGGAUCCUGCACAUCGGCCACGCUAAAGCCAUCAACUUCAACUCUGGCUACGCCAAGGCCAACGGGGGCGUGUGCUUCCUGCGGUACGAUGACACCAACCCCGAGAAGGAGGAGGAGAAGUACUUCGCCGCCAUCCGGGACAUGGUGGAGUGGCUGGGCUACAAGCCGCAUGCCGUGACACAUGCCUCGGACUACUUCGACCAGCUGUACGCGUGGGCCGUGGAGCUCAUCCGGCGGGGCCACGCCUACGUCUGCCACCAGCGGGUGGAAGAAAUCAAAGGCCACAACCCUCCGCCCUCCCCGUGGCGGGAUCGGCCCGUGGAAGAGUCACUCCUCCUCUUCGAGGGGAUGAAGAAGGGGAAGUUUGAGGAGGGGGAGGCCACGCUGCGAAUGAAGCUGGUGAUGGAGGACGGGAAGCUGGACCCCGUCGCCUACCGCAUCAAAUACAUGCCACACCACCGGACCGGGGACAGAUGGUGCAUCUACCCCACGUACGACUACACGCACUGCCUGUGCGACUCCAUUGAGCACAUCACCCACUCGCUCUGCACCAAAGAGUUCCAGGCCCGGCGCUCCUCCUACUUCUGGCUGUGUAACGCGCUGGGCGUGUACUGCCCCGUGCAGUGGGAGUACGGGCGCCUGAACCUGCUCUACACCGUGGUGUCCAAGAGGAAGAUCAUCCGGCUGGUGGAGGCGGGCGCCGUCAGGGACUGGGACGACCCGCGGCUCUUCACGCUGACGGCCCUGCGCCGCCGAGGUUUCCCCCCCGAGGCCAUCAACAACUUCUGUGCGCGGGUGGGGGUGACGGUGGCGCAGACGACGAUGGAGCCCCACCUGCUGGAGGCCUGCGUGCGGGAGGUGCUGAACGAGCGGGCCCCCCGCGCCAUGGCCGUGCUGCAGCCCCUCCGAGUCACCAUCACCAACUUCCCCACCCAGAAGGCCCUGGAAGUUCUCGUGCCCAACUUCCCAGCCGACGAGACCAAGGGCUUCCACAAAGUCCCCUUCCAGGCCACCAUCUACAUCGAGCAGAGCGACUUCAGGGAGGCUCUCCCCUUGCAGGUGCUGGACAAAGGCUACAAGCGGCUGGCACCCGGCCAGCCAGUGGGGCUGAGACACACCGGCUACGUCAUUGCUGUCCAGAACGUCGUCAAGGAUGCUGGCGGGCAGGUGAUGGAGCUGGAGGUGACCUGCACCAAGUCGGACGCUGCGGAGAAGCCCAAAGCCUUCAUCCACUGGGUGUCGGAGCCGCUGGUCUGCGAGGUGCGGCUCUACGAACGGCUGUUCUUGCACAAAAACCCCGAGGACCCUGCAGAGGUGCCAGCUGGGUUCCUGAGUGACCUCAACCCCGACUCGCUGCGCGUGGUCGCCGGCGCCCUGGCUGACGCAUCCGUCCGCUCCGCCAAGCCCCUGGACAGGUUCCAGUUUGAGCGGCUGGGCUACUUCUCGGUGGAUCCCGACAGCACGGAGGGGAAGAUGGUGUUUAACCGCACGGUGACGCUGAAGGAGGAUCCCGGCAAGGUGUGACGGAGCCGCUGCUGCCGCCUUGGCUCUGGCUGUGCCCAGGCCCGUUCUGGCCCGGGGCGAGGGCGACCCAGGAACAAGGGCCCGGCCCACGCCCGAGGGCCACAGCUGCCUUAACCCAGACCCCACGGGGCUGGCGCAUCGCGCCGCAAUAAACGAGCACUGGAGCUGC